AUGGCUCCGUUGACGAGACUCGUGAGCUGCAUCGUGGUGUCCUUGCCUUUGGCAGUUUUGACGCAAAGUGACAGCCAGUGUGCUAUGCAGCUGAGCCACACCGUCCUGAACAACAAGACCAACAAGUCCGAUGCGGAGGACUUCGUGAACAAAAUGGUGCAGCAGGUCUUGAGCUACCCCGCGCCAGCAGUCAACUCCGAGGUCUCCGUCAGCCGACCUCUUCUCUUCAUGCACCAGUACCGGGCGGGCGGCACGACCCUGCGCCAGCUUCUCUACAAUGUCUCUGUCAACACCGGAGUCAAGGCUCACAUCGCUUGCUCUGGCGGUGUGGACUGUCGGGAGUUUCAGAUUCGCGAGGCCAGCUCCGCCGUGUACGGCGGCCAUUUUUGCUGGCAUGAGUCCUUGCAGCACCUGGGCGAGGACAAGAAGCCCUCCUGCCUCACGAACUUCCGUGAGCCAGAAGCACGCCUCAUGUCCUGCUACACGCAUCGCCUCGUCACCACCAAGAAGGUUGCUCCCUGGUGCAUGGGCAAGUUGGCGCCGGAGAAACUCAGGUCUAUGCUGGUGAACUAUGGCUGCGUCAACGAGCCUUUCCGCAGGCUGGGUCAGUGCGGCCUCAUCUCCAAGGUUGGUGACAAGGACCGCUUGACUCGAAUGCAGGUGUGGAACGCCACCCUGGAGACUCUGGGGCAAUGCGUUCCCAUCCUCGUGGACGAGCACGACACCUUCAAGGCUGCCGUCAACACCUUCCCACAGUUCAAGACCGCCUUCUGGGCGCUCAAGAACUUGACUCUGAACCAGAACAAGUAUGCUCACGACUGCCAGAUCUCGGAUGCCCAUCGCCAGGCAGGAGAUGUGCUAGACACCUCUGGCCUUCGACGCAUCUUGGGUGAGGUCGCACAGGAGGCGGCGAAAGAGCUCUCCGGUGGAGACCUCUGCAUGCGGCAGAUCCUUCGAAGCCUCGGACACUGCGACGCCCUACUCUACGAGCUCGCCUCUUGCGCCACACAAGCGCGGAAGCUGCCCAUUGCAAUACGGCGGCUGCGGGAAGAAGCCGCUUGGCGCGGCAGCAGCGUGUCGCUAACGGCCACGAGGCACCUCCUGCAGCAGGCUGUCGGCCUCGAGACCUUGCACAGCCGCCUUGUGCAGAGCCUGCUGAAGGCCUUCACCAACCUUGGGGUGGGGACCAACGCCCGUUGCUCUCUGGGCCAUAGCAUGGAUCGGGUACCACUGCCCAGCCUGCCUGUGGGCGACGAAAGCCCCAUCUGCCACCGUUGCGAGCGAACUGCCGAGGAGUUGCUGAGGGCUGCAGGCCAGGAAGCGCCUUUUGAGCCCUGGUGGAAGUGUCGCGGCUGCGCUGCCAAAAGCCGCGACGUCUUCCUCUGCACGGAGUGCGGGCGCUACGCGCAGGCCGCUGCUGGCGAGGCGCUCCUGUCCAAGCCCGCGACAAAGAGCUGGAACAGCUGCAUGCACGUUCUGAGGGAGCUUCUGAGCCCGGAUGUGCCAUCGUCCAGGGUCUCACCCUGCGAGACUGGCGACUUCACGGAAGAUGAAACUCUGCAGAGUGCGCUGGCAAAGGAGAGUCAAGGCAUCGAGGCUUCUAUGGACACCUCCGAGAGCGAGAUGCAGGGACUACCGGUCAGGGGGAGGCCCAACAGCGCACAAGCCUACAGCUCGAAGUCCAACGACCUCGGUCGCGAAGGUGCGUUAGACCCACACGUCGUGAGUGAAGGGAGCGAGUGGGUGGAGGAGGUCCUGCAGGCUGCUCACAAACCCGGCGCCGUGUCGAGUGCUUCUGCGGGCAGUGUGGUUCAACCAGAUGAGGAGCAUCCGGAUGUUGCAGGAGACGGAGGUGACGGUGACAGUGCUCCGUCGGCUUCUGCUGAGGCUGAAGCUGAUGCAGGAUUUCACAUCCCGGCAACCUUCCUGACCUGUCCUGACGAUGCCAGCGUGGUGAGCAACGUCUCCCUCGAGGAUGCAUCGCCUGAGCCCAUGCCGGAACCGAUGCCGCAGCCACGGUUGGACCUCUUCGUGAAGCUCGGUGAUCUUUGGACGCCAACACCCAUCGUGCGGCGGCCCAAGACAGGGCCGGAACAGCCCUGGGUCCUCGAUGUGCCGAAGAAGCCUCUGCCAGAAUGCAGGACAAUCACGAAAAAGCUGCGACUUCCGGUAGGUCCUGGCCUGGAGAAGGUCCUCCUGAUGGGGCCAAGGGCUCCGCUCGGGCUGCCGUCCACGGCUGGAGCCAACAGCCGCGUCAAAGAAGUCAGGGCGGGCAGAAGGCGGGACCAGCAGGGCUUCGACGCCAACUGCGGCGCCAAGGAGUUGCUGCGGCGAGCCCAGAAGCCUCCCGGCAGAGCACCCUGCACCUACGCCGUCGCCCCACAAGAGCUCUUUGACGAGCAUGUCCAGGCUAUGGAUCUGCCGGUUUGGCAGGGUGUGGUGGACAGCUGGAAUCGGAGAAUUCGGGCUGCGGGCGAAUCUGGCGCAGGAACGCCCGACGCAUCCGUGGGCGGUGUGCUGGAGCAAGCAGCCCAAAGUGAGCUGGCUGUGACUGCCGCAGAGACACGGCCCUUUGCUCCGAAGACGAUCCCGACCAGCAAGGAGGCCGAUGGCAAAUAUCGCGUCUUUGACAUUGCUCAGUGGGUGAGACAGUCAGAGCGAUCGAAGCUGUGGGUCGACCCGGACGACAUUAUGCAGCACUAUUUUGAGGAGGCGUGCAACGUUAGACGGCGCAAGCCGCAGGAAGACGUGCUGCAUGACUAG